AUGCCUCAGGAUACGAAGGGCGACGGCACGGCCGUGUCCAGCCUUCAGGAGACCAAGCGCUCGGGCGACCGCAGGCACUGCAAGUGGUGUGCGAAGUACAAGCCUGAUCGAUGCCAUCACUGUCGAGUGUGUCGCAUGUGCAUCCUGAAGAUGGACCACCACUGCCCCUGGAUCUACAACUGCGUGGGGUUCAGGAACCACAAGUAUUUCUUCCUGCUGCUAUUCUACGCCACGAUCGACUGCCACCUGAUCACGUGGACGAUGCUCGAGUCGGUGAAGGAUCCGCGCGGCCGGUGCGCUGCGCCUGCUGCCCGUGCCAGGAGCAGACACCAGAGGAGACGGGCCGCUGUC